CAAACUGGAAGCAAUGCUGAUGUGCGAGCACAGAUUGUCACUGUAGAUGACUGCGGAGACAGCUUGGCACAUACUCAAUCAUCUGUCGAGUGCUCAGCUCCUGGCUGUGUUCAUGCAAGUAGUCUCGUGACCUCAUGAUUUGCACAUAGGUUUCCAUGCUUGCACUUAGCGAUCAAGAAGGUGAAUGAUAUCAACUCUUUCGAUCCAAGUUAUCGCACUGGUAAAUCCAGGCAAUUCUUCGUCGCAUUUGUUUGCACUGCAACACAAUUGCAGCUCUUAGCGGAUCACGGUGGUCGGUGACGGAAUCGGGGCAGUUUGUUUGGAGCAGAAGUUUAAGCCUUAGAUUGUGGUUUCAAAGUGGUUCUAAGCUUGCAGGGGGUGUGAUCUACAACAUGGCGAUCUUUAGAAAUUCUCUACUUUACAUCUUUGUCUUGGUGGCAGGAUCGUUUCUCGUGGUUUCUUUGCAGGUUGACUCAGCCCCUGAUCAAUCUUUUAACGCUUGGGCAGUAGGAGAGCGGGCUGAGUAUGAAGCCAAGCAGGCCGCGUCACCUCAUCUGGGGAUUCAAGACAAUCCAGACGGCGACUUCAACACCGCCGCAAAACCUACUCCGGUGCUAGAGUCCUGCCUUAGGAUAGUGGGGAAGAAAGUCUCUGGAGCAAAGUACAAGAAAGUGAAAUCUGCAAUUAAUUCCAUUCCUAAGGGCAACUCUGCGCGGUGCGUCGUCAUGAUUGGUGAAGAUUUUUACAAGGAGAAGAUAAAAAUACCCAAGGAAAAGCCAUAUGUCACGAUCGAGGGAGCUGGUGCAAACAAGACAGUCUUGUCAUGCCACGAUUACGCGGGGAAAGUUAACAGCACGUAUAAGAGUGCUUCCUUCGCUGUCAUGUCGGAUUACUUCAUUGCAAAAGACGUCACCUUUGAGAAAAAAGUAGUAGUGCGUACUGUGAACCUUGAGUGGUUCUGGCAACAGAACUCACACCCGCUUCCAUCAGGCGGUGAAGUGGGACAGCAGGCCGUAGCAUUCAGAAUCGAAGGGGACAAGGCUCAAUUCUACCGCGUGGCCCUUCUGGGAGCCCAAGAUACGUUAUACGACAUGGCAGGCAGGCACUACUUCAAAGACUGUUACAUCCAAGGAUCCAUCGAUUUCAUCUUCGGCAGCGGGCAGUCUUACUACGAGACAUGCCAUCUGCAUUCGAUUGCCAACCCAGGAAGCGGGUCCCUAACAGCUCAGAAGAGAGGAACAGGUGUUGAGACCAGUGGGUUUUCGUUCGUGCGCUUCUGCGUGACAGGAAACGGGCCCAUCUACUUAGGCCGCGCCUGGGGUCCCUACUCCAGAGUGGUAUUCCUGUACACCGACAUCGCCGCACCGAUCAUCUCCGCCGGCUGGUACAACUGGAACGAUCCUGAAAGAGAGAAGACGGUGUAUAACGCACAAUACAAAUGCACAGGCGUGGAAGCCAAUACGACGGGGCGUGCUUGGUGGUCCAAGGAGUUGACAGACGCCGAGGCUGCCUCUUUCUUGAGCUGGGACUUAGUUGACGGCAAGGAAUGGAUAGGCAGGGUGUAGUUGAAGACAUCCUUUCAGCAGUUGACAGGUAAAAAGUAUUGUAGUUGAAAGGCAUGAGAUCACUAUCCUGAAAUGUGGCUAUAUUUUGAAUAUGUUCAACCUAUCCAACACCAAUCUCUCCCAGCAAUUGGGUGAUUUCACACUCUUGCAUGAAUUUGAACAAU